GCACGCCAUGCGUCCGAAGGAGCAUCCCGAGCUGAUAUUCGAUGUGAUACCCAAGCUCUACGAGAGCCUCACCAAGGUGUUUGUGACGCACCUCGGCCAGGUGGAGAAUCAGGUGAAGACGCUGCCCCGGAAGUUCUGCCGGAUGUACACAACCCGGCCACUGGCCAAUCAGUUGUUGCAGUAUCUGCAGAAGCGUAAGGCGCACAUUUCCGAGCAGGACUUCCAUGUCGUGGAGGAGGGCAAGCCCUUCGAGCUACGCCUCAGCGACGGCAGGCGUCUGGAGGCCAUGCUCUGUGCUGGGACCGCGCUGGGAUGCAGUCUGGUGGUGCUCAUCCGGAAGAUACAGGGCGGCAGACUGCUCUACUUCUACUCGGCGGUGCAGCAGGACGAUCUCUGUCAGCUGGUGGCGAACCCCGUCUUCAACUCAUGGAUCGCCCAGGGCACGGACCUACUGUUCCUCAACCUGACCGCUGUCGACCAGCCCUUCGUCCAUGUGGACUACGACACACUGGCAGCGACCAUCGACAAGCUGCCAAGGCAGGAGAACAGCGUGGUACGAUUGAAGCUGCCCCUCUUUGGGUACGAGCCUCUGGUGAGGCGACUGGGGCACACCCUGCUCUACGGCCACAUUCGACUGAUGGGCAACUAUGCCGAGAGCUACGCGCUCCUCAGCAGCGACUUGCAGCGCUUCGAGUGCCGCGACUACAGGGUCAAAGUGCAUAUUUUCGACGGCGAAGAUUUCGCCACCCUGACCAGUCGGGCCGAGCGCUUCGUUAUGCUGCGACUCGACCACCUGAAAUGGUCGCCGCUGCCCUCGCGGAUGAACCUCAUACAACUCUGCAGCCUGGUCCGGCCGCAGCACAUCCAUGGCAUCGUUCCGCACCACUCAGUGGGCAAUGUGCCACCGGCCCCGGAGUAUCUGCAACGCUUCAGGGCAUCCUACUCGCCGCAGCAGCCCCAGAAUCCGCGGCCAGCCGCAGCGGCACUGUCCCGGGCUCUGCCGGACAGUCGGAAGACAGCUCAUCAUGUCAUUAGGAAGAAAGGCUUGGAGUUUCUGAGCGAUGAUGAUGAUGAUGAUGAUGACACCGGGAUGGCCGCCUCUGAUUAAAUUUGAUAAUGGAGUCCGGUUUAGCCUGCCAAUCCCCUGAAGUUGAUCCGUGGUCCAGGUUGUGGCUCAAUACUACCUCGGGUGCAAAUGCAUCUGCGCGGCUUACAUCAAUAUCUCGCCCAGGACCACCCAGGACCACCCAGGACCACCCAGGACCGUCCAGAGAGCCCUGCAGUCCCAUGCAAUUUUCGUCCCGGUCGAUCAAGGAUAAUGCACUUUUACAUUUCACUUUAAGUUAUUAAUAUAAAUAUAUAAGUUGAUUGUAAC